AUGAGUCAUUUUCCCACUCAACAAUUGAGAAUAUUCAAUGUUCUUCAUCACUUGAAACUGUCUUGACUUUGUGACACAUACCAACUAAGGUAACAUUUGGAGCCACAUACUUAUCAUCAUGUCUGCUAUCUCUUCUCCCUCUGCUAGUUUUUGGUAACCUAGAAGAAGAGCUGCUCCAUCAGAUUAAUCUGUCCAAGGUCUUCUUAAUGCAUAAGGAGUGCAGCUUCAGUGACUAAAUCAGGGGACCACAAUAUAGAAUAUUCCCAGAUUGACUUGUUUUUGUUUUGAGUUUUGCCUCUUCAUAAGAAUUUACCAGGAAGAUGGGGCGGUUCUUAUUUUCAUUACAAAAAGAGAUGAGCAUAGACACUUGUGAAGAUCAGGUAGAGAUGGCAGACUGUGCUGUCGUUUUCUUACUUGACAAACUCACAAACUUAUUAGCGGAAGAAGCAAUAUUGCUUCAGGGAGUCAAGCAUGAUAUCCAGUAUAUCAAAGAUGAAUUAGAGAGAAUGAUUGCCUUUCUUGGUGUGGCUGAUGCUUUCGAAGAGGGAGAUGCUGAGGUCAAAGUCUGGGUUAGGCAAGUGAGAGAUGUCGCCAAUGACAUUGAGGAUGUUCUUGAUGAGUCCAUGCUCUUGUCGUAUGAUCAUCACUACCGUGGAUCUUGUUGUUUCAUUGCUAAAUUGGUUUUCUCAAUCAGAAACAUCAAAUUCCGCCAUAAACUUGUCAUUGAAAUCCAAGCCAUCAAAUCAAGAGUUGACAAUAUUGCAAUGGGCCAUCAUAGGUACCGUUACAAAUUUUAUGUCCCGGAGCAAGGUUCAUAUUCUAACCAUGCCUACGAUACUGCAAAUGAUCGCAGAGGUGAUGCAUUAUUGUUAGAAGAAGCUGAGCUUGUGGGCAUUGAAAAUCCCACACAGCAGCUAAUCGGUUGGCUCGUGGAGGAUGAUCCUAGACUUAAAGUGGUUUCAGUGGUGGGGAUGGGAGGUUCAGGAAAGACCACCCUGGUUAAGAAAGUGUACGAGGAUGCAGCAGUCAAGAAAAACUUCAGUAGCCUUGCUUGGAUAACAGUUUCCAAGUCCUUCAAGGUUGAGGAAGUUUUGAAAGAUAUGAUUCAACAGCUCUAUGAUGAAGUGAAGCAGCCAGCACCUGAAGGUCUAAACACCAUGAGUAGUAACAGGCUAAAAACAAUAGCAAAAGUAUUCCUCCAAUCGAGAACGUAUGUGCUAGUUUUUGAUGAUGUCUGGACCAUUCAAGCUUGGGAAGCUAUCAGACAUGCAUUGCCUGAUGUAAAUAAUGGAAGUCGUGUUAUCCUCACAACACGUCUUUUGGAUGUGGCUUCCUUCUGUAGCAUAGAGACCAAUGGCUAUGUUUAUGAGGUGAAACCCUUGUCUACUGAAGAGUCAUGGAUUCUUUUCUGCCAAAAGGCAUUUCAUGGUUAUUCAUGUCCUUCACACUUGGAGAGCAUUUCAAGGAACAUCUUGAAAAAAUGUGGUGGACUGCCGCUGGCUGUUGUGGCCGUUGGUGGGGUUUUGGCUACAAAGAACAGGAACAACAUUAGGGAAUGGGGAAUGCUUAAUCACAGCCUUGGUCCUGAGCUGGAUAGCAAUGACAAAUUUGAGAGUAUGAGAAUAGUUUUGUUACUCAGUUUCAAUGAUCUCCCCUACUAUCUUAAGCCAUGUUUCCUGUAUUUGAGUAUCUAUCCUGAGGAUCAUCUAAUUGAGCGCAAUACACUGAUCUACCGGUGGAUAACGGAAGGAUUUGUAAAACAAAAAGUACGGAGGACAGUUGAAGACGUUGCAGACAGCUAUCUCAAUGAGCUCAUCAACAGAAGCUUGAUCCAUCCAGUGCAGUACAAUGAUGACGGUAGCAUGAAAUUGGGUAGGAUUCAUGAUUUAUACCGCGAGCUUAUUCUUUCAAAAUCAAGAGAUGAUAACUUCACUGCAACAGUGGAUGAGCAUAAUAAAUUGUGGCCUGAAAAAACUCGAUGGCUGUCAAUGCAUGGCAUGUUGGGCAACCUACAAGUGAAAAGGUCAGUCACUAAACUUCGCUCUUUGCUUACAUUUGGUGUAGCAGAUCCACAGUCCUUGUCUUGCAUAAGUCAAGUGCUUGGUAGCUCCCGGAUGCUAAGAGUUUUAGAUUUGAGAGGAGCUCCUCUAAAUAUGAUUCCAGAGACAGUCUUCCAAUUGUUUCACUUAAGGUAUUUAAGCUUGAGGAAUACCAAUGUGAAAGUGCUUCCAAGAUCCAUUGGAAGACUCAAACAGCUAGAAAUAUUAGAUCUGAAGCAGACAUAUGUCACUGAGUUGCCUGUGGAGAUUUUAAAACUUGAAAAUCUCCGUCACCUUUUAGUCUAUAGCCACGUAUCCUAUUCGUAUCUUCCUUACAAUUGUUCACCAGGUUUUAAGGCUUUCCGAGGAAUUGGAGCUUUGAGAGCCUUGCAGAAACUUGUGUAUAUUGAGGCAACCCCUGGCAGUGGCAUACUUAAAGAAGUAGGAAUGUUGGGUGAACUGAGACGACUUUGUAUUCUGAAGUUGAGAAAAGAAGAUGGUUGGACUGUGUGCUCAUCAAUUCAAAAGCUCCACAAGCUUGAGUCUUUAAAUCUUAAAUCAGUGGAAGAGCAUGAGAUCCUUGAUCUUUCUUAUCUGUCGUCUCCUCCGCCUCUUCUUCAGCGCCUGUAUUUGACAGGACACAUUGUUAUGUUGCCUGCGUGGAUUCAAGAUCUUAAUUCCUUGGUCAAAAUUUACUUCAGGUGGACUCAUUUAACAGAAGAUCCACUGAAAUAUCUACAAGAUUUGCCCAAUCUUGUCCAUCUUGAAUUUCUUGUAGGAUACACAGGAAAGGAACUCUACUUUGAGCAAGGGAAAUUUCAAAGGCUUAAGCUUUUAAAUUUGGACAAGCUGGAAGGACUAAGGCAGGUGACAAUCGGCGAAGGUGCAGUACCUCAUCUUGAGAAGCUGGUUAUCCAGAGAUGUGCUUUGCUUGAAACUGUGCCAACUGGAAUCGAGUACCUCCUAAAUCUGAAGGUUCUUGAAUUUUUUGACAUGCCUGAUGAAUUUAUCAUGACAUUGCGUCCAGAAAAACUAGGUGCUGAUGCUUGGAAAGUUUCACAUAUCCCUGAAGUAUUCUAUACAUAUUGGAGGGACGGUUGUUGGAUGGUACAUUCACUAAAGGAAAAGGAGAAAAAUCAGAUUUCUGAUCAGUCUGGAGCUGUCACUAGGACCUAUGGAAGGCGAAAUUCCCUCUAGUCGCUUGAAGGACGUAGAGCUCCACUCUCCUUCCAAUUUCUGUGUAAAUAAUCUUUCUCUGAUCCUUCAUCAGACUUGAAAGCAAUUUACUUUUCCUGUUGUAAUAAGCAGUGUAUAUAAAAUAUUUAUGCUUUUUUAACAUUGCAAAAGUGAACUUACUGUAAUAUAGUGCAACUUUCAGUAAUUUGUUUAGAAGAGUAAAGUGGAUUCUCAGAGUUGCAUUUUGCAACCUCUCUGUUUGUAUUUAUGCACUUUUUCAUCUAUGCAUAGUUAGACUGUA